UCCACUAAAAGUGCCAAGGCUGUGCCCAAGGGUAAACAUCAGAGUCUCUAUCUUCCAUGGACCAGGUCUCCAAACAGCUGCAUGAAGACUUUUGAACUCAGAGGCUUCCUGUUUGGAGGCUGGGACUCCUUUCUUAGCCCCAUUGGUGUAGCCAGGGGCCAGGGCCCUAUCUCCUUCAACAAUGUCCCCAUUACUUCUGGAAAUAACCUGUCCCCAGUGUUUUAUAUCAUUGGCCUCAAGGCUAAUGGGGAGGGCACUGUCAUUUUCCCCUUUUCCUUAACCAACAUCAUCAGAGUGCUGAUGUCAAAGACUCUUACCAACUUCAGCAAAGAUAAAGAGAAGGAAAGUGGACAGGACACAGCCUCUGUCAGUCACAAUGUCCUUCUGCAGAUCAAUGCCAAUUGUCCCAUCUGUAUCAGUGAGGACACCAUCACCAUCCCCUCCUCAGGUUUCAGUAUCAUAAAAUGUACAGGUCCCAGUUACAUGGCCAACAGCUUCCAAUGCAAUGGCUUUGUCACCUAUGGCUACAAAAGAAGAGGUGGCUGA